AUGGCGUAUCCAAUUACCCCAUCAAUUUCUAUUGCUGCUUCCAAUUGCCCCAAGUGGGGUAAUUGGAAAUGUUCGUUAGAGCCUUCAGCAAAACACCGGGAAGUUCGCUUAGGACACACAGCUUUUUCAUUCAAUCAACCAAAAUUUUGUCCAACAGCAGCUUGGAAUCCAUUCGGAAUUACUUUUGCUAAUCAAACAACAAUUGGAGAAAAACCUCGCGCCAUUUUCAUCAAUACGAACAAUACAAUUUAUGUUUAUGCAAACAGACAAAUUUUAGUGUCGCAUGAGGGUCAUAUCAAUCCAACAAAGAUCAUUCCCAUCAACUCUUCGACUUCAAAUUCUAUUUUCGUUACAACGAAUGGUGAUAUUUAUAUUGAUAAUGAUGAAGUUGUUCUUAAAUGGAUAUCAAAUAAAAACACAUUUGACACUGUUAUGAAGGCACAAUGUUAUGGUUUGUUUGUCGAUAUCAAAGAUACUCUGUACUGUUCAAUGCCUGAUCUUCACCAAGUUGUGAAAAGAUGGAUGAAUGAUUCUGUUCUGACACCGACUAUCGUAGCUGGGACAAAUAGAUCAGGAUCUGCUCCGAAUGAGCUUAAUAAUCCUUCUGGAAUCUUUGUUGAUGUGAACUUUGAUUUAUAUGUGGCAGAUUGUAAAAAUAAUCGAGUUCAACUGUUUCAAUUAGGACAAUCAAUUGGCAUCACAAUUGCUGGAAAUGGAUCACCAAGUCCCACAAUUUCACUUUCAUGUCCAAGUGGAAUUGUAUUAGAUGCCCAGAAAUAUUUAUUCAUUGUGGAUUCUUGGAAUGAUCGUAUUGUUGGAUCAGGACCAAAUGGCUUUCGAUGUUUAGUUGGAUGUCAUGGACUUGAUUCACAAUCCCAU